UUUUGCCUAGUCUGCAUACAGUUUUCUGUUUUCUUUGUUUCCUUUGCUUAUUUUCAUUCUGAAUGUACCUCCUGCUGUUCUUGCUAAUGCAAUGCAUUGAUUUGUAACUGAUUUGCUUUCUAAUGCUAUAAUGUUGAUGAAACUGUCUGGGCUUCUGGAAUUAACACUUCAUUAAAAACUGGGGGAGGUUAUUUUGUAAGGUUGGUAACUUCACAGUUUAAGUUGAGUAAGACAGUAAGGUGUUGGUCUUUUCAAUGAGUUGGUAUGUUUAAAUUGAUAUUAAAAUAUAAACAAAAUAAUUAUAUGAAUACAUGGUGAAAAUACAGUAUGUUUUGCUUAUUUAUGUCAGUACCUUUCUCCUAAUUUGUGACAGGAUUAGUAAUAAAUUGAGCUUUACGGAUGCUUAUGUAUUUCUGGGUCUUGAUUAAUCUCCAAGAUGAACACCCUGCAGCUUUCUUUUGAAGAGGCAGCUUGCUUAGACUACGUGUUUGAUUCUGUUCCACAGCUAAAUCUAUGUCUUAGAAUGCCCUCUAUUACGUACCUUCUCCAAGCCACAACCUAAAAACCACCAUAACUAUUUCAUACAUUUUUGUCCAUCAUUUUAACUUCAAGGAGAUAACAUUAGUAUUUUUCUUCUGCAAUUUCAGAGGCCAAUAGUAGCUGAAACUAAUUUCUUACUAUGAGAUUGAUGGUUCAUUUUGCUUUAAGAGGAAGAAUUAUGCAGAUAUAAAAAUAUGACUGCAUUCUUUAGGUCUCACCUUUCUUCAGUCACCUGCCUCCUUUGCACUUUCUUAUUAAUAUAUUCUUUCAGCUGACACAUAAUAAAUGACAUAAAACACAAAGCUAUGUGCUCUUUAACUAAGGAUACUGAUAGUUGUCUUACGUCUAGUAAAAAUAUAUUAAAACACUUAAUACUUAUUUGAUUUUUCAUUAGUCUUGAAAUAUCUUAAGACAUUCUGUUGCAUUUGUAAUUUCAAUGUAGCCCAGUUAGAAGUAAGAUUUUUUUAAAUAACAUGAUGAUCCAAAAAGGUUUAAUAUUAGUUCCAGCAUCAUAAUACUGUUGUUAACCCCUGGCUGGCAGGAACUCUUAUGCCUUAAAAACAUUCAUUGGUGUAACAUCAAUUGCUUUCUGAUGUGAGAAUAAACUGUCUGUAAAGUUGUAGCUAUUUUUCACUGAGAGAGUGACACUAUACUUGUUUCCUGUUGGUGAUUAUAUAAAAUAGAUGCCUUUCUUUAGUGUAAUACACAACUAUGAUUUGGCAAUUGAAAAUGUAAGGUUACUUGACAUGUACAAAUGUUCCAAAAGUCAGUGCUUAAUCAUCUAAAUCAACAAACAUAGUGAGAAAAGCAGUGAGAGAAUGCUGUUAAGUCUAAAAGCACUAAGAUGAAUGAAAGUAGAAUUUAGGGUUUAAAGCAUGUUUCAUUCAUCACAAAUUCCUUUUGUAAGGGAUAUCAUGUUAGGAAUUAUGAUUAUGAAUUAAGAUUAGCUGUCAUCUCAAAGAAAAAAGCCUUGAUGUAAGAUAAAUGACAGUUCUUUAAGGUGAAUAUGCACAACUUGGAGAGUUGCAUAAAGGUUUUCUGUCACUAUACCAUUUGCUUGAUCCUGCAGUGAUGUCAGCACAUUACCAUUAUGACUAUAUGUUGCUGUGAAAACACUUAGGAAAUCUCAGGUGAAGUACUGGGAUUUCAGAGUGUUACACAGUAGGAGAAUACUCAUAGCUCAGAACAUCUCCCAAUUCACUACAGCAUCAAUGAUGACUGAAAAUUCCAAAUUUUCAUUUAACUGUAGUGUUGUGAAAAUCCAGGAAGAAUGUAGCAUACUAGCUUCUGCCUUGUGAGACCAUUACAGCUCUGAAGCCUAAAAAUUCUUUGGCACCUAAGAAGGUUGUUACAUUGGUUUUGUUUUUCUCAUUUUGUCAUUCACUUAGGUUGGUAGCAGAGGUUCUUGCUUUCAGGUACAAAUCUGAGUAUCACACUUGUCUGUAUAUUGAAGCAGAUACAGCAGAGAGGUUUUUUAAUAAAGUUUUUACAUCAAAUUUAGAAACGUGUGUAUUGUCUACCACCCUUAUCAGUGAAUGUCAUUUCAGGUGUUAAGCAUGGUUUCUAUCUGUAUCUGCCUACUCAUCCUAGUGUAUGUUUUUGUCAACAGUACUUGUAGUCAUUUGUGCUUGUGGUAUUUUCCAAAUCAAAUAUCACAGACAAUUGCUACCAUUUUUCAAAUUAAAGACCACUUCAUCAAAAACUUUGUUUUGGUAACUUUUUAUUCUAGAAGUUUGAUGUAACUAUUCGUUUACUAGAUUUUAGAAACGUGUAAAAUCUCUGUGUGCGGAGGAAUGGAAUCCAGAGGGCUUACUUUGCCCAUAUAAAGUUGUUCUCUUACUUGUAAGUAGUUAAAAAAAUGCCAUCAAACCCUAAAGAAAGAAAAAAAUCAAAGCUGUAGGUGAUGUUGUGCACAUGUGGUCACUUAGUUAAUGGUAAACUGUCCAACAGAAAUCUAAUUCAGGGCAGUGAAUUAGAUUCCAAGGGUCAGGCAAGUACAGUUGGAGGAUUAAAAUUCUUACCUGAUAGAAAAUGGGAUGGGGUUUUUUAUUUGUUUGGUUUUUAUAAUUAUCUUUUCUGAUGGAAUUACUGUCCUAAAAAGUUGCUGAAAUUUUUGAAAUGAUAGUAUUAGAAGAAACUUUGAGUACACUAAGUAUACUGUAAAUACAGUCUCUGCAUAUAUGCUAUGCUUCAGUGUAAAUUAAAUCAAAAUUAAACUUUGGGUUCCCAGGAUGUAGUGUUUAAAACACAGCAAAACUAGUGAUAGAACUGAGAUUAAGUCAAAGUUUAUGUUGACACUUUCUGGUUUUUAAUAGGCACUAAAUAGGUUCUGAUUAUUAUAUAGUAUCUCUUUUAUUUAUGGUAAACUGACAUAAUAGCAAGCUGUUAAUAGUCUAACAGAGCUAAUAUGUCUGGUACUGACUUAGUUACACAGUAAUCUCCAUAUAGUCAGCAAAUAACUUUUCCCUCCCCAUGUUUUCCAUUCCUUUAGAAGCCUGCAUUUAAAUAAAAAUGAACUAUUUGGUCAAAUUGUCUCAAUCUUAGCAGGUUUUGAACUGAAUAUUGACUAAAAACAAGUUCUUAAAUGGGACAGCAUGUAUCAUGUAUACAGCUGUAGGAGGAGGAAAAGGCCAUUAUUACUGCCUGGUUGUGCACUACAGUGUAAUUUUGGGGUUUUUUUAGUUGAGAAGGACAAGGAAACAACUAGGAAGAUUAAAGAGAAAGAAAUCAGUACAUUUAGUCAAAUAAUAUUGAAGCUGUUAUCCAAAUCAUGUGCAGUCACUUAUUCUUGUGGGCACAUUCAACUGGCCUACAUUAUCUGUGGGCUCUCCAGAUGGGCCACAAUUUACCUUUAGAAUCUGUUCUAUAGCUUUUUACAUCUCAGUAUUAAUCUACUAUAUUUGGCACAUCUCUCCCUGUUUUUAGUCUUGUUAAGGCCAUUGACCUUUAAGUACAGUUGCUUCAAUUACAAGUCUUCAUGUUUGUAAUGUAAAUACCACACUAUAGACUUGUUUCUAAAGAAAUAGAAUUCUAAAUGCUUUCAACAAUCUUAUAACAAAUUAUUGAAUUGCAAUAGCCUCAGUUGCCUUAACAAAACUUUGUAGAGAAAAAUGCAAAUAUUACAAAUAUGAAGAUGUAGAGAAUAGUGUAACUAAAAACGUAAUUCUGCAAGUUAUUAUAAAAUAGCGGAGUUUUCUUCAAUUUGGCUAUCUUCAACUGUAAUUGCAAAAAAAACCCUCCAUUUUUUUACUAAACAAAAAAAAAAAAAUCCUCUCUUUUUCCACAGUGGUCAUAGUCAUAGGGAAGCAGUGAAGAUGACUUUUCUCUCCAGAAAAAUUACUCAUCCAAACUUGCUAGGAAUUUACAUUUUCUUCUAAGCUAAUCUGAAGGCAAUGUUCUUCUAUACAUUACAAAGUAGUUUAAUUGCAGCUGGUUAACUACUGAGUUAAUCCACUGAUGCAGGAAGCUCUCUAUGUGAUUUCUAGGUUAAAUGUUCUAAAUCACAAUGAGCCAGUCAGGUUUAAGCAUGUGCUGUUUCCAUCUUUUUUCCUUAAACUCUAUUAAGUUUUAUGCUGACAGAAGAGAUACAUAAUAGACAUGAACAACCAGUCUUGCAGUAUGACUGUUAAAUUGUUAGAUUGGAAGAAACUGUAGUGUGCCCCAUGUGCAGCCUCCUCAGGACAGCAGUAGACCUUGUGGGCUGAAAAAUAAGCAGAUUGUAGGCCCUUAAGACUGGGGUUUGAAUCAGCAAUUUGGUGCUUAGUUUUACUUUUUACAUUCUCAUAAAUAGAGAAGGCAACAUAUUCUGAGGGUGAUGAGAUAUGCAUAAAUAGCAGGAUCCAUAAAGAGAUAUUAUCAGGUAAAUAAGCAGAUAUAGUAAACUUUGCAAGUAAUUUUGAAGAACAGUAAGAACAGCUUCCUAGCCAAAGGGUGAGAGUGCUGAUAGCACUCCAUGCUCUUGUGUGAAUGUUGGAAGGACUGGAGGGAUAGGCAAAAGUCUGCUGCUGUGAAAACCUGAGGAAUUCUUGGAACAAAGAGUAAUUGCCCAAAAGAGAAAGCAGGUCUCUUCACUGCUCUUGGCCCUGCCUCUGCCAGGGUCUUUGGGCAGGUCAUUUAUAUAGCAUAUGCAGUGUUAAGAAAAAUGUCAUUUUACCUUGAGACUCACAAAUUACACAGAUUAAAAAUGUCAGUAGUUAAGACUACAAGGAGAAUUUAGGAAGAAUAUAGAGGAGCAGAUAAGUGCUCUAAAUUAAGUUCUUCUGAAUUAGGUCAUUUGAGAUGAUUGUCAGUAUAGUGCUCCUGUUAUAAUAAAUUAAUGAAGCAAUGUGAAGUGUACACUGUAAUGCUUGUCAAAAGGAAGGGAGCAUAGGUUUCACCCAGCAGACCUGAGCUGAGGGCAAGUACACUUAUGUCAAGAUAACCUUAUGCCCAUCCAAGCAUAAGACUAGUAAAAGACCAUAAUUAAUAAAUCUGUAUGUCUGAAUUCUGUUAUUGUUUCCUUAUGUACCUGAUGGUUAGAGAACCUCUCUUAGCCUCAGUUUCUGCAGAUGCAGGGUACACUACACUUUUUUUUUGUUAUGUUUAAUUAAUUAAUUUCUGGGGAGUAUUUUGCAUAUCACAAAAAUAUAUUUUUGUCUAUAGACUCUAUUUUGGCACAAAUACAGGUUGGUAUUGCUCCAGAUAAAGACUUCUUUGUUUUCUUUUGGUUCCCCUACCAUCUUGGUGAUGGUAGUUCUUGUGAACAUGAACUGUCAUAGGGUAUUUUUAUAGAGAGAAAAUGCACUUCAAUCUCAUCUUCCUGCCUGCUCCCUUUGAAUACACACAGACCCCUUGUAGUUGAUUGAUAGUGUGAAGGUUAAGCAAGGCUAUGGUGCUGCAUGGUUUUUGCUUUAUAAGAGGACAGUCUGUAUCCAUAAAGCUACCUCUUACUGCAGAGAGGUGCUGCUCUGCAGCCUCAUUUACUAGGGUCUGAACAGAAGCUGAGCAGUGAUCUAGCUAUUCUAUCUAAAUACAGAAAUUAUAUUUUUAAGAUGAUUCACUUGUCUUUUUUUUUUUAAAUAAAGGGCUGGAUUUGUUAAUAUAAUUUUUUGAAAGGGGGGUCUGGUGUUCAGAUAUGUAACUAAAACACUCUGUUUGCAUUAUUUAAAAAGCUAUAAUUUUUAACUCUGCCCACUCCUCCCCCUUUCUACCUGACACGUUAGUUUUAGACUUGGAAUAAGAUCCUUUAUAAAUGAUGCUUCCAACUGACAUUUUUUAUUUUGACAAUGCUUUGUUAUCAACAAAUCCAGUUGAAUAUGCUUGAAGCCAGUCUAUAUUAUCUGUUCACCAUCAAGUUGAUUGACAAAGUUAUUUUCAGAUUUGCUAUUGGUCACAAGUUGAUGGACGUGUCAGUUUGUCCUUUCUUUAUAGAAGAACCCCAUUAAGAAUUUAUUUUAGUUCUAGUCUCCCAAUCCAUAAUACUUUCCAGUUUCCUGCUCUAUUACCAUCUAGCAUGAAGUCCAUACCUCACUGCUGUAACAUUUCAACAUGAAUCCUUAAGCUUAGAAUGGGUUAACCCAGUAAUGUUGAAUUUCAUCAUAAAAACUGUUUUCAUUCAGCAAUGAAUGAAAAGUGACAAUUUUAAAAGUUAGGUCAUAAUGGUUUAUUGGGAGACCUGGAUAAAACAAGAAAGUCUCCAAAUGACAACUUGCAGCUAAUUCAAAUAAUUUACUUAGUUCUAUGUGCUUCUUGAGAGACUUCCUUAUCUUACAGAGUUUUUAAUUUACGUUGAUUUUAAAUGUUAAGAGCAACCUGUGCAAAUCUUUACAGAAAGAAAUGGAUGAGACCUGUAAUGACUCAAACUUGAUUCCAUGUGUAGAUAUACUGUUGUAGAAAAAGAGUUUUUGACAGAGCAAUGGUAGGCUGUAAACUGAUUAACAGAUCAUAUGACUAAUACAGCUGAGAUGGAAUAGAACUCGCAUGAGAGAACAUAAAUCUGCUCCAUUUAGCAGAUCUCCCUGUGUUUGUAGCAGUACAGCUUUUAAUUCACUAUGGCAUUGUCAGAAACUGGGUUUAAAUAAAUUCAGUUCUGAAUGUUCAGCUAUUUGUGAUACUUUCAGUUACCUCUGAUAAAAUCAUUGGUUAGACACUGGAUAAAACACACACACACACAUAUAUAUAUGUAUAUGGCUUGCUGUAAAAUCAAGAUUCUUCUACAGAGAAGCAUUAAACCUUAUUGAAAGUGAAUGGAAAUGGUCCAGAUUCCAGUGAUAACUUCAUUAUUUCUUGAUGCUUUUUAGACUGAGGAGACAAGCCUUCUGGCUUGUUUAUACAUUCUUGAUUUGAAGUCAUUUGAAGAAUGUCCAAGUCAUAGAAGUGAAGUUUAUAUAAGAAGGCACUUAAAAAUCUGUGGCUAUGUGGGCAAAGGAGGUAGGCAAUCACACUUCAAAUCUUGUUCAAUAAAUGGUUACAAGCAUUCAGUGUAAGAGCUGAAUGGUUAACAAGUGUUUUUACAUCCAGAAACAUGCCUUUGACGUUGAAAAGUGUCCCAAGAUGGUUCCUUUCUCUACUAAUAAUAUGUGAAAACAAGGCAGCCUUGGCUCUAGUGAAAACUUCUCAAUAUUCUGAGAGAUGUCAUUUGCAUUCCUUGAAAGUUGCAUGCAGUCUCAUUGACCAUUCUUUUGCUUCCAAAUAUUGCUUGCUCUUAAUUCACUCUUGAUGCUUUAGGCAUAAGUCUCUAAGAAAAAGUGGCAAGGACUAUGCUGAAGCAUCUGUGUUAAAAAUGUGAUUCAUGUCCCACAGAUAUUUCAUCUUUUUGUUAAAUAAUAAAUAGCCACUUUGGCAAGAGUGAAGAAUGUUUUCUAUUCUUCGGCUCACUCUGCAUACCAGUUUUGUUAUAACUGGAAAGGAAAUGAGUCUGUUUGCAUUCUCCAUUCCAGGAUUCCAGAAGCCAACCAGGCUUUUAUUGGCUUGGCCUGUGCUCUGUGCAGCAGAGUGCAUUUUGCUGCUGCAGUAUUUAUCAGGCGUUAGUGUUUAUUAUUUACCAUUACAUAUGUGUGUAUAUAUAAUGAAUAAAUAUAUAGAGUAUAAUAGUAAGGUCAAUGAAGACAAAUUAUGCAAUGCAAAGAUCAUUUCUUGAGGUAUGUCAGUGGACCAUGAUGUUUUAUAGAGGGCCAGGAUGUUUGCAGACAAGGAUGGUUCAUAUUCUUAACUCCUCUUAAGACUUGACACAGCAAUUUUUAACCGUUUAUAUACCUUUUAUCUAAACAGACUUCUUAUUCUGCCAAAGAAUUUUUAGCUGCUUUAGGUACAAAAAUGGCCAUUUUCAGAACUUAUUCUUUGAUGGAUUUUUCAGAGCUGCUUUUUAUUCCACAGCUUUGAAACUGGGAGGUGAAUGGUAUGCUGUACAGAAGAAUACAUCGACAUGUUUAAAAUGUACUGACUACGUUUCUAUGGAAUGCAAGCUUUUGUAGUAUGGAAUAGAAAGUUCCAGAUACCUCAUGGAAGCUUUUUAGACUUCUUUAAGAGCAAAUAGCUUUCCUGUUGUAAUGGCAUCUGUUUAUGUCCUGCAACUUGUAAACUAUGUUUUGUGUAGGUUUGCAGUGGGGUGAGUGGGGGUGAUUUCUUUUAGCAGAAAAAUGUCAAAUUUAAUAACCUGGAUGAGAAUUUCCAUUAGUUGUCAUUAUUUUCUGUUAUGCUCAAAGUAUUUUUUUUUACUUCUUAAAGAAGAGAUAUCAAGAAUAUAAGCCCACUUUUGAGUCCUGGCUUAUCAUAGCAUAUUAAAGUCUGGUGUCAAAGCAACUAUUUCACAAACUAUAGUCAUGUACAUAAUUCGACCUCAAGACAGAACAGCACUUCAUAUGUACAAUACUCACUUGUACCUGAACCCUACCUUGUUCCAAAAGGUGAAGCAAGAGAAAACUUUCUACUUUUGUUUUAUUAACUAGUAACCAUUUAUUACCCUGUCUGUUUUUUUGAUCACUGCUGUGUAUACUAUAGAUCUAAAUUGAAAUGUCAGUACUCUGAAAGAAGGCAGAGAGCAUUUUAAACUGAAUAUCUCUGUUAAAGUCAGAGAAUUAAACUGGAUGAAGAAGCCUGGAAAUAAGUAUAGCUUAUUAAUUGUUGUUAACAAUAUUGCCUGUUUUCAGCUUCAAUUAUUCAUGAAAAAAUCUAUUCAGACAAUUAUGGGGAAUCAUCUGUGUUUUCAUUGUAACCUAGUUAAAACAUCAUCAGUAUUAUUGAAUGAUAAGUUUGCUUGACAGCCAUUGAAAUGUCAUUCCCUCCUUUUUAGACACUUCAAGAAGCCAUGUGCAACACAGUGAGAUUUUGCAAGACAUACAAAACCUCUUCAGGAUUUUAUUUCGAACAAGCAGAUGUGUGAUUCUUUUUUUAAUUUUUCUGUCACAUUCUUCCAGAGCAUCAGUAGUUUUUAUGGCUAUAGUGUCCAUUGAAACAUUUGCCAAUGAUCCUCUUGGAGAUACAAAUACUUCUCUGGAUCAAAAAAUGUGUUUUAUGGAAACAGCUUAAUGUAAAUUGCGCUCCAUGGUUUCUGCUCUCUUCAAGGGCCUGAUCUCAUCUUAUAUAUAUAAGAUUUGCAAAGGAAUGUUUACAAAGAAAUCAGGAAAUAGUACAAAAAGGAAAGAGAGUUGUCAGAGCAAAAAGGAACAAGACUUAAGUCAGAUUGGACAAACAAAAAAUCCAAAAUUUUCCAAUACUUUAAAAAGCACCGUUAAAAAGAUUGCCAAGUGCCCAUCUGCCCGCAACUUAUCAACUGAAGAAGAGGAAAGCAAUAGAGAAUUUUCACUUUCUCCAACAUUCAGUUACAGAGUUGCUAUUGCCAAUGGACUGCAAAGGCAUAUUUUUGUAGCAAACACUACUAAUGAAGAUAUAGUUCAAGACCUGUCUUCAAAUGAUAGCUCUUGUUCUGAGUCAUUAAGUGAAAUAAAAUCCAAUAGCAAGAAAAGCGAAUACUUAUCCCACACAAUGCCUGUGCGACGCAACAGGAAAAGCUUGAGCAGCCUUGCAGCCUCUGAUGGAAGUUCGGAUGGAGAGCGCACUUUACACACACUGAAGCUGGGAGCCUUACGAAAACUAAGGAAAUGGAAGAAGAGCCAAGAAUGUGUCUCAUCAGACUCAGAGCUAAGUUCCUGGAGGAAAACAUGGGGGUUAAGAAGUAAAUCUCUGGACAGAACUGGCCGUCACCAGAAAUCAAACACUCUUGAACCUGGCUUUAGUUCAACAGGUUGUAUUAGCCAAACCCACGAUGUUAUGGAAAUGAUCUUUAAAGAGCUUCAGGGAAUAAGUCAAAUUGAAACAGAGCUCUCUGAAUUAAGAGGGCAUGUUAAUGCUCUGAAACAAUCAAUUGAUGAAAUUUCUAGUAGCGUAGAAGUUGUGCAAAAUGAAAUUGAACAAUUGCGAACUGGAUUUGUACAGUCCAGAAGAGAAACUCGGGACAUACAUGACUACAUUAAGCAGAUAGGCCACCCAGGAAACAAAGCAAGUCUUAGGUUUCUAAAUGUGCCUGAAGAGCGGCUUGAAAAAGCUGAAAGCAUAGUUUACAAAAUAUUAAUAGAAAAAAUGGGAUUCUCAGAGGCACAAAGCACCAUUAAAAUUGAGUUUGCCCAAAGGCUUGGGCAGCAAAGAGACUGUCCAAAUGCAAAGCCAAGACCCAUUCUUGUUUACUUUGAGUCCUCACAACAGAGAGAUUUGAUUUUGAAAAAGUCUUAUAAACUUAAGGGAACUGGCAUUGGAAUUUCUACAGAUAUAUUUUCCCAUGAAAUAAAAGAUAAGAAAGAAAGAGGACUUCCUUCCUCUCAGACAUAUGAAAGCAUGGAUAUGAAACAUUUCACUGUGGAGACAAAAUCUAAAAUUCAUGACUGGGAGUCACCUGACAGUGAUAAAGACUUGGAAUCAGAUAUAAAUAAGAACAGUUAUGCAAAAAUAUCUAAAUCAGCAAUUCACAUAAAAACAAGCACUACAAAGGGGACUGUUGAGUCCCCAAACACUAAAGACCUUGACAGAGCUGCUGACAAUAGCACCUUUUCACACAGAAGUUAUGACAAUCAGUCACCAGAAUUUGACACUAUGGAAAAACAAUCAAAGGCCUAUUAUUCAGAUGUGACUCCUUUAUGGCAUUUACAGAAUGACUUUGCAACACCAAAGCUUAGCCGUUCAGAAUCAGAUUUCUCAAAAUUGUGUCAGUCUUACUCUGAGGAUUUUUCAGAAAAUCAGUAUUUUAGCAGAACAAAUGGCAGUUCAUUGUUGUCUUCCUCUGAUCGAGAACUUUGGCAGCGAAGGCAAGAUGAUUCUCUGAACUGGUAUGGCAGUUCCCAGGAACAGACUUUUGCCCAAGACAUGCAGCAGUAUCCAGAGCAAAAUGAAACAGGGAACAUAGAAACUGUUGAUAGUGGAGUAAGCAAUGGAAUAAUCCAUGUAUCUGGAGAUAUAAACCAUUAUGAUGAUAGUCAGCUUUCUUUACAGGACGAUCUUUCCCCAUGGCAAAACUGGAAUCAGUUGGAGCAAGGGGCAGAUUUGGGCCUAGACUCAUCCACGCAGGAGGUUUUUGUGUAUGAUAUGAGCAGCCCUUCAGACCAACAGACAGACUUUGGAAAGGGCCAAAGUUCUGACCUCCAGUAUGAUACUGAAAGCUAUGAUUUCACUCUGGAUGGUACUUCUCCAUCUUGUCCAGGCCUUGACAGUGAAACACAGAGUCAGUGGACUGGUCAAUAUGAUGAUUAUCAGGAAACAAAUUCUAUCUCCUCUUAUCAGAAUCAAAACAAAUUGCCUAUGAUGUACCGAAGUCAAAGUGAACUACCAAGUGACGACUCAGAGGAAACUGCCCCUAAAUCAUGGCACAGCCGAUUAAGCAUAGAUCUUUCUGAUAAGACUUUCAGCUUUCCUAAAUUUGGAUCUACGCUUCAGCGUGCUAAGUCAGCUUUAGAAGUAGUCUGGAAUAAAAGUACACAAAGCUUAAGUGGGUAUGAAGACAGUGGAUCAUCUUUUAUGGGAAGGUUUAGAACACUGUCUCAGUCUACUGCAAAUGAAUCAAGUACAACACUCGAUUCUGAUGUUUAUGCUGAGCCUUAUUGCUACAAAGCAGAGUAUGAGGAAGAAUUGAUUGAACCAUCUGGUGAGAAUGAAACCGACUAUGUAGAAGUAAUGGAACAAGUCCUUGCUAAACUAGAAAAUAGAACUAAUAGUAGUGAAACUAGUGAGCAGGUCCAAGAGUAUGAACUGGACCAGUCUUUGUAUGAAACUCCAUAUGCAAUGCUACCAGAGGAGCAAUAUGACACACAGUUUGACAGUGUGAUCAGUGAAGAGAUAUUAGAAGUUGAAAGUGACGUGGUGGCUGAAGUAGAAAUAAGGGAGGAUGAAAAUCAGAAUGUCCCAGAGGUGAUUACUGAAGUCACUGAAAUUCCAAAGAAAAAAAGAAUACGGCCAUCAUUUAAAGAAGCUGCUUUAAAAGCAUAUAAGAAACAAAUGAAUGAUUUGGAGGAGAAGAUCCUUGCUGGAGAUAGCGGUUCUGUGGAUGAAAAGGCUCGGUUGGUAAGUGCAAGUUCCUUGGAUGCUUCCAAGCUUUAUGCAGUCCAAGCAUUUGCUGGUCGUGGACUGUAUGGAAUUGACAGCAUGCCAGACCUACGAAGGAAGAAAUCUUUUCCCAUUGUUCGAGAUGUGGCUAUGACCCUUGCAGCUCGCAAAUCUGGUAUUUCCAUGGCCAUGCUCAUCCGGACCUCCAUAAACACUGAAGAAAUGAAAAUCCAUGUCUUCAAGAAGACCCUGCAGGCUUUGAUCUAUCCAAUAUCAUCAACUACACCUCAUAAUUUUGAAAUCUGGACAGCUACAACUCCCACAUACUGUUAUGAAUGUGAAGGCCUCCUUUGGGGCAUAGCCAGACAAGGCAUGAGAUGCACAGAAUGUGGUGUCAAAUGCCAUGAGAAGUGCCAAGACCUCCUAAAUGCUGACUGUUUGCAGAGAGCAGCUGAGAAAAGUUCCAAACAUGGUGCAGAAGACAAAACACAGAAUAUUAUUAGUGCUAUGAAGGAAAGAAUGAAGAUUAGAGAGAAAAAUAGACCAGAGGUGUUUGAAGUGAUCCAGGAAAUGUUUAAUAUUUCUAAAGAAGAUUUUGCACAAUAUACAAAAGCAGCAAAACAAAGUGUUUUGGAUGGAACAUCCAAAUGGUCAGCAAAAAUAACUAUCACAGUUCUUUGUGCUCAGGGCUUGCAGGCUAAGGACAAAACUGGCUCAAGUGACCCAUACGUUACUGUGCAAGUUGGCAAAAACAAGCGAAGAACAAAAACUAUUUUUGGGAAUUUGAAUCCAGUAUGGGAUGAAAAAUUCUACUUUGAAUGUCAUAACUCUACAGAUAGAAUAAAAGUGAGAGUAUGGGAUGAAGAUGAUGAUAUCAAAUCUAGAGUAAAACAGCAUUUCAAAAAGGAAUCCGAUGAUUUCCUUGGGCAAACAAUCAUUGAAGUAAGAACACUGAGUGGAGAAAUGGAUGUAUGGUAUAAUUUAGAAAAGCGAACAGAUAAAUCAGCUGUCUCUGGGGCCAUUAGACUGAAAAUCAAUGUUGAAAUUGAAGGAGAGGAGAAAGUUGCUCCUUACCAUGUGCAGUACACCUGUCUACAUGAGAAUCUGUUCCAUUACCUGACGGAAGUGAAGUCGAAUGGUGUGGUGAAAAUCCCCGAGGUGAAAGGUGAUGAGGCCUGGAAGGUUUACUUUGAUGAUGCUGCACAGGAAAUUGUGGAUGAAUUUGCAAUGCGCUAUGGAAUUGAAUACAUUUAUCAAGCUAUGACGCACUUUUCCUGUCUCUCUUCUAAAUACAUGUGCCCUGGUGUUCCAGCAGUUAUGAGUACAUUGUUGGCCAAUAUAAAUGCUUUCUAUGCUCACACAACAGCAGCAACAAAUGUCUCUGCCUCAGAUCGCUUUGCAGCUACUAACUUUGGGAGAGAAAAGUUCAUAAAGCUGCUGGAUCAAUUGCACAAUUCUCUGAGGAUUGAUUUAUCUAAAUACAGGGAUAAUUUUCCUGCCAGCAAUUCGGAAAGACUCCAAGACCUGAAAUCAACUGUGGAUCUGCUUACCAGCAUUACUUUUUUUCGGAUGAAGGUCCUGGAAUUGCAGAGCCCCCCUCGAGCCAGUACUGUGGUGAAGGACUGUGUAAAAGCCUGCCUGGAUUCAACUUACAAAUACAUUUUUGACAAUUGCUAUGAUCUCUACUCCCAGUUAGUGGAUCAGAGUAAGAAGCAAGAAGUUCCUAAAGAAGAACAGGGACCAACAACGAAGAAUUUGGAUUUCUGGGCACAGCUGAUUACUCUGAUGGUCACCAUUAUAGAUGAAGAUAAAACAGCAUAUACACCAAUCUUAAACCAGUUCCCUCAAGAGCUGAACAUGGGAAAAAUCAGUGCUGAAAUCAUGUGGACUCUGUUUGCCCAGGACAUGAAAUAUGCUCUGGAAGAACAUGAAAAGCAGCGAUUAUGCAAAAGCACAGAUUAUAUGAAUUUGCACUUCAAAGUGAAAUGGUUUUAUAAUGAAUAUGUGCGAGAGCUCUCUGCUUUCAAGGAUGCAGUGCCUGAAUACUCUCUGUGGUUUGAACCAUUUGUCAUACAGUGGCUGGAUGAAAAUGAGGAUGUCUCAAUGGAAUUUCUCCAUGGAGCACUGGAAAGAGACAAAAAGGAUGGGUUUCAACAAACAUCAGAUCAUGCCCUUUUCUCCUGCUCUGUGGUUGAUGUCUUCACACAGCUCAAUCAAAGCUUUGAGAUUAUUAGGAAAUUGGAGUGUCCUAAUCCAGAAGCACUAUCUCAUUUAAUGAGAAGAUUUGCAAAGACUAUCAACAAAGUACUUGUUCAGUAUGCUGCAAUUAUUUCAAGUUACUUCAGCUCCUAUUGUGAUAAAGAAAAUGUGGCCUGUAUCUUGAUGAACAACAUUCAGCAAUUAAGAGUCCAGCUUGAGAAAAUGUUUGAGUCCAUGGGAGGGAAGGAGAAGAAAGAAGGAGAGAGAUUCUCUUAUGAGCUGGAUCCUGAAGCUAGUGUUGUUCUCAAAGAACUUCAGGUGAAACUUAGCAGUGUAUUGGAUGAACUCAGUGUAACGUAUGCUGCAAGUUUCCAAUUUGUUAUUGAAGAUUGUGUAAGACAAAUGAGCAAUGAACUGAAUCAAAUGAGAGGAAAUGGGAAUGCAGCAGCCAAUAAGAACAGUGCAGCCAUUGAUGCUGAGAUUGUGCUUCGGCCUCUCAUGGAUUCCCUGGACACAACUUUAAGUGUCUCUGCAAAAAUCUGUGAGAAGACUGUUCUGAAACGGGUUUUGAAAGAGCUCUGGAAGUUAGUCUUAAACAAAAUAGAGAAACAGAUUGUGCUUCCACCACUGACAGACCAAACCGGGCCCCAGAUGAUAUUCAGUGCAGCCAAAGAUCUUGGACAACUGUCAAAACUCAAGGACCACGUGAUCCGCGAGGAAGCCAAAAGCCUGACCCUGAGGCAGUGUGCAAUAAUGGACGUGGCCCUCGUUACCAUCAAGCAAUACUUCCAUGCUGGAGGAAGUGGGCUGAAAAAGAAUUUCCUGGAAAAGAGCCCAGACCUGCAGUCCCUCAAAUAUGCUCUCAGCCUUUACACACAGACCACUGACGCCCUGAUAAAGAAGUUUAUAGCCACACAAACUUCCCAGAGUCAAACUGCUAAUAAUUCAGUGGGUGAGAUAUCUGUACAGGUGGAUAUCUCUACUCAUCCUGGAACUGGUGAGCAUAAAGUCACUGUGAAAGUUGUAGCAAUCAAUAACCUAAACUGGCAAACAACAGCUAUGUUCCGGCCGUUCGUGGAAGUUUGCAUACUGGGUCCUAAAUUAAGUGACAAGAAAAGAAAACAUGGAACCAAGACAAAGAGCAACACCUGGUCACCAAAGUACAAUGAAACUUUCCAAUUCCUGCUGGGUAACGAAGAUAAGCCAGGAGCCUACGAGGUGCACCUGUCAGUGAAGGAUUACUGCUUUGCGCGGGAGGACCGCGUCAUCGGCAUGACCGUCAUCCAGCUGCAGGCCAUCGCCGACAGGGCCGGCAGCGCCGCCUGGUACCCCCUGCUCAGGAGCAUCUCCGUGGAUGAGACUGGCCUGACAAUCCUUAGAAUACUCUCUCAGAGGAACAAUGAUGAAGUUGCUAAAGAAUUUGUAAGACUUAAAACAGAAACGAGAUCUCCUGAAGAAACGGCCUAAGAUACCCAAGUACUGCAAGAUUGUCACCGCCAAGAGCAUAAAUACAACGCUGUUGUCCGACUAGUGCAUGCAUGUGCAAAUCUGUGGGAAUGUUUAACUAUGUUUUCAGUGUUUGCCAGUACUUAUGUACUAUAUUUGCAAGGUCUGUCAAGGAGCUGUAUAUCUUUUAUACAUAUUUUGGUCUUUGGUAAAGUAAUUGUUCCAAUGAAGUGCCAAAACUAAGAUUAAGAGUAAAUGUUUCAUCAUAUCUUUUUAAAUGUUGAUUUCACCUCAUCACAAUUUGAUUAUUUUUUACCAUUUAUUAAUAAGUAAGUAGCUUUUUUAAUUGAUAAUAGGUUAUCGCGGUUAAACUGUGUUGCUUAUUCUAAAUUAAGUUACACACAUCCCUUACUCUUCUUUUAAAAAUGAGGUGUACCUAGUUUUCUUCAAACUCUCAUGUUAUGCAAGCCUCAUUUUAGGUGUCUUACUGAUGACUUUUUCUAUCAUUACUACAGAUGCAGUUACUUAUAGAAAGUGUUUGUAAUUUUAUAAUUACCAAUAUAAAGUAAUGAUUUUUGCAUAAAAACUGAAAAGGAUGGAAAUAUUUUAUGCUAAUCUCUUUUUCCAACCUUUCAUAAAUAUCACUGUGAAGAAAUGCUGUUAAAGCAGGUUCUCAAGAAGCUGUGCUUAUCAGAGUUUGUUACUGAUGUUUGAUAUCUUGCGAUAACUUUGUUCUUCAAAACUGCCACGGUAAUAUCAUAUUUGUAUUAAAAGAGUAAGUCAGUAUCUGUAGAAACAGGUUGCUGUACAGUACAGUAUAUGUGCUUUUAAAAAGUGAUUUUUUUAAAUGAUAUGGUACUGUACAAGGGGUAGUAGUUUGGAAUAUGUAAUGCCGGUUUGUGGUUUGUUUCUAGAAACUGUUUAUGAGAAGAAAAGAUGCUGUUAGCAUUUUCACUCAGAGUUAUUAACGUUGCUUUACAUACUUAGCUGUAACAUCAGUUAAGUGCUUUAUUUCUUUAAUUUUUUUUAGAAAAGUUCAACAGUUUGUACUUAUGCAACAUUAAUAUGUAUUGCACUAAAGCAAACUCUGUGUCCUGUAAAUAUAUUUAGUGAGGAAUUGUAAAAUAAAGUAUGCAGAAACUGCUUUCCAGUUUUGUCAUUUGAUAUUAUUUAUGUAACUCUUGGUUUUAUGUGCAUGUGAAGCCCAUGGAGUGGGCUUACUAUAUAGCUUUAUAAUAUAUUAAAGUAUGAUUUGCACUGUCUGGAA